AGCCAGGCCCACUGUAAACAACCAGUGACCCACAGACACGCAGCUUUGUGCCUGACUCCAGUGCUUUCGCUCCUGGGCACCACAAGCAACAGGUAAUUAGCCCCUGGUCUCCUGCAGGAAAAAAAUGUUGUUCUGCUUCUGCCCACUCUGGAAAACACUGGUUUUCCUAAGUUCAGCACUGCUUCUUGCAGAUUUUACUGAAAUCAGAGCUUUUGCCAGUCCAAGUGAAUGCAAAAGUGCAACCAUAGAUGAUGUGAAUGAGAGUCUUGAGAAAUAUUCAAAAUGCCUUCCUGAAAUGAUUGCCAAGGGUGAGAAAGUUUCAAUCAAUUCUCUUGUCUGGACACUGCAAGAAACGCUCGAUCUCCUGCGCCCUGUUCAAGAGAAAUUUUGCAAGCAGCUACCUUCAUGCCCUCUCCCCCUGGCACCAAGAAAUGGUGGGCUGGUGUGUGUCACCAUCGACAGCACUCAGUACUGCAAACCCAUGUGCAACAAGGGUUAUGACUUUCAGUUCCUCAGAAGCAGCAGACUGUAUGAAGUAUGCAGCAAUGCCACUGGGUUUUCCUGGACCACACAGCUUGUUGGGGGAAAGGAACUGGCUGUUUGCAACCCCUCUGAGAUGGCCAUCGGUGGAGCUAAAUCUGCCUAUUUCCCCAGCAACAGUACCUGUCUGCACACACUAGCCUUCCCUGAAGCUCAGAGAGAGCAGCUAAACAUCUUCCUCAAAGAGCUUGCUGAGCAAGGCAUUGAUGGCUCCAAACGGGAUGAGGAGGCUGAUUGUAUCAUCUGUGGUUACUAGCACCAAAAAGCUCGUGCCACAGACCAGCCAGCUGCCUGCAGUCUGACAUGGGUAUUUUGACAAGAGAAGCAGAGCAGUGGAAUCAUUUCUAAGACGUGUAAGCAUACAGCUUUUAUUUAGUUAAAGGACUGGAGACCAUAGUUAUAAUAUGACCUCAGCUUUGGCAUAUAGAGAUAUAGACUAAAUCUAAUCACAUAGCUGAUGGUAGAAGUGUUUCAAAGAAAGAAGUUCACUUUUAUGGCUUAAAUUUGUCUAGCUGGAAUCAAAUAAGGAUUACAGUUUUUUAAUGGAUGCAGUCAUUAGUUAAACACACUAAUUGUUAUCAGAAAUCGUUCUCUGUCAGGGGUCAUCUUCGAUGAGAAAGGACCAUACUUCUACUUGCUUUUAUAGUUGCCAAUUAAUCACUAUUGCUCUGAUGAACAUUAAAACAAUGAAAGUCAUAACAGUUA